CCCGCUGCUUGACGACCUCGGGAGCAGUCUUCAUUUUCACUGAUUGAGGGGCACGCGGCAGUUGAUAGAGGUUGCAGUUCUUGGAAGGCCACUCGGAAGGACAUCAGCAACUUCCUGUUCCGUCGAGAUGCACCGUAUCCCCUAGCAUAAAAUGGCGAAGACAACGGAAGGCGGACUGUACCGCCCCGGGAAUAACUCAAGGGAGAAGGCCCUGCCGCCUUCCGAGUCGCGCUUUCCUGUAAGCAGCUGCGGGUUCCCGGAUGGCAAGGGCAACGAUACACAGGGUGACUGUCUCUGGUGUACACAAACGAGUUCUCCAGGUCAUCCUCGUCCGGAGGCCUAAGACAGCCACUCCAGUUUUCUGAGACCGGAUAGCAGGCACAUCGCCAUUCACCUUCGUUCGAGUAAGUCACGGCACCAAGGAAGAACUCUGUCGACCAUGUUGUUCUUCUCCAUGCUCCUACUCGGGACUGCGGCGUCGGCUCGGGUCAUGGAUCGCCUCGCCUCUGUUCCCCAGGGCUGGGAGCAUCGCCGGACAGCUUCGCCAGACGAGGCUACUUUCCUCCGCGUCGCCCUCAAGCAGCAGCCGGAACGUGUCAAGGCGCUGGACCAAGCUGUGCUCGACAUGUCGACGCCCGGCCAUUCAAACUACGGCAUGCACAUGACGCGUGACGAGCUGAGAUCAUACACUGCUCCGUCCGACGACGCCGUCUCCGUCAUUACCGAGUGGCUCCGGCGUCACGGCAUCCAGCCUCGAGUAGAUCACGACUGGGUCUCCUUCAGCACCACGGUCCGGACGGCCAAUGAGCUGCUUGACACACGGUUUGGCUGGUAUCAGCACCUCGAGGGAAAGAGCGGUCCCGUUCUUCGAGCGCUCUCCUACAGUGUGCCGGACAAUGUUGCCUCCCAUCUCGACCUCGUGCAGCCUACGACCCGGUUCGGCAACCUCGCCACCAGGAAGUCGAGCGUCUUCGAAAUGUACCCUCUCGCGGUGCAAGACACCCCUGAGUCCAACAGAAAGCCUCUGUUCGUGCCCGAUCCGCUGGCACCCGCCGAGUGCGCCGCCGGUAUCAACCCGGACUGCCUCAGGAAGCUCUACAACAUUCACUACAAGCCCGCUGCCCCAGAGGCCAACAGGGUGGCUUUUGCCUCGUAUCUCGAGGAGUAUGCCCGGUACGAUGACAUGGAGACGUUCCAGAAGCGUUAUGUACCUGAGGCGGAGGGGAUGAAUUUCACCGUGGAGCUCGUGAAUGGAGGAGUAAAUGAUCAGCAGAGCGCUUCAGACAGCAGCGAGGCCAACCUCGACGCCCAGUAUCUCGGGGCCAUCAGCCAUCCGAUUUCGCUGGUCGAAUACAGCACCGGCGGGCGCGGUCCCCUCGUGCCCACCGCGGUGCAACCCAGCCCGCCCGGCAGCAACGAACCCUACCUCGAGUUCCUCCUCUACAUGGCCUCGCUCCCGGACUCGGCCCUGCCGCAGGUGCUCUCCACGUCGUACGGCGAGGAGGAGCAAUCCGUGCCCCGCGACUACGCGCUCAAGGUGUGCAGCAUGUUCAAAGAGCUGGGCGCGCGCGGGGUGUCGGUGGUGUUUGCGUCGGGCGACUCCGGCCCCGGCAGCGCCUGCGUGCGCAACACGGGCGACAACGCGACCUACUUCGAGUCCAACUUCCCCGCCGGCUGUCCCUGGGUGACGGCCGUGGGCGGCACGACGGGCAUGUCGCGCGAGGAGGCCGUCAGCUUCUCCAGCGGCGGGUUCAGCAUGUACCACAGGACGCCCGUCUGGCAGCGCGAUGCCGUGGCGGGGUAUCUGAAGGGGAUCGGCGACACGUACGCGCCCUACUUCAACCGCUCCGGCCGCGCGUUCCCCGACGUGGCCGCGCAGUCUAAGUGGUUCGCCGUUCGCGACAAGGGGCAGUGGAUCAGCGUGGGAGGCACCAGCGCUUCGGCCCCGGUGUUCGCUGGCAUUGUCGGGUUGUUGAAUGCCGCACGGAGGGCGCGGAAGCUGCCGCCCAUGGGCUUCUUAAACCCGUGGCUGUACAACAACUCGGCCGCGUUUACCGAUAUCACGGCGGGGUCCUCUUUCGGGUGCUACGGCGCGGCUGAGUUUGGCGGGUUUGGCGCGGCUUGGAACGCGACCAAGGGAUGGGACCCCGUGACGGGGCUCGGUACGCCCCUGUUCGACAAGUUGUUGGAGUUGGCUGCGCCGGGGACGAAGAACGCUUAGCCGUGAGCCUGCGUGGUGAGCCAUAUUGUGGGGGAGGAUUAGGGAUGUGGAAGCUCAUGUGUUGAUACAUCGAGUGACGUUGUGGUUCCAAGGAGCAUAGUACCUACACUAUUACGGCAUCGGGUAUGAUCGGGAUAGAGGUCAACCAGAGGUUAUCACGGUGACAACGGCACAUCGACGUUAUCUAGGUAUCUUACCAAGCUCAAUCAAGCUCAAUUUACUACACUAGGCCUGAGAUGCUGAGUUGCAGUUGUCUCAGUUUACCUCCUUCGGUGAUAACGGAUUCUCAGCCUUGAUCG